CGAUUACGUUUAUUUUACAAAGUGAAAUCAGACAUGGCGUACAACAAGUAAAACGAGAGGUGAAGAUGACAUGAACUUUGGAAAAGAUUUGCACUUUUUAUGGAAAUUCAGUCAGCUGUACAUGUGACUUACAGUGAAUGGAGCUACAGUAAACAUGUGAACAAGAAUUAAAUAUGACGGACAAAUCUACUACCAGAAAGCGCAGAUCAGCGGAGGCGGCAUUGGAUAAGGAUGACGAACUCCUACAGGAAGAAAGCCCAACCAAAAAGAUCAAAGACAUUGUAGAAGACGAAGAGGAGCUGGACGAAGAUGCUCUUCUGGGAGACAGCGAUGGGGAGGAGAACCUGAAUGAUACAGGAUUGACAGAUGAACAGAGUUACAAUCUUGAAGAAGAAGAAGUUGGACUCGAGGAGGAAGAGUAUGGAGAGGAAGGGGCGGGCUUACCGGGUGGACACACCGGUGAAGAGUUUGGAGAAGGGGGAGAGGAAUACACAGAGGAAUAUGCAGGAGGUGAAACUUUUGGGGAAGGAGAAGUGGAAGAGUAUGCAGAAGAGGAAGAAUACGUAGAAGGAGGAGAGGGUGAAGAGUACGCAGAAGGGGGGGAGGAGUUUGUGGAAGGAGGAGAGGGGGAAGGAUGGAACGAAGGAGCAGAGGAGGACUGGCAAGAGGGAGAAGGUGGAGAAGAGACAUGGCAAGAAGAGGAAGGCACACAUGAAGAGCUUAAUGAACAAGUUGACGCAUCAGAGGGCCUGGAGCUCUUCGAUGACACAGGUGACGUUCUCGACAUCGAUGUCCCAGAUGACAGCCUGGUUGAUGAUCUCAACUUGACUAGCGAGAACCAGUCCUUUGCCUCGCAGCACAGCAUGACAGCCCCUAUCUCCUCAACCCCCCUCACGACACCGAAGAGUGAAAAGCCAAAGCCUAGCCCUCCAAGAGAAGAGGAGACAUCGAUAGUGGAUGCAGUGGAUACGACUGGUCCAGACGAAGAUGAAGAAGAAGAUACAGAGAAUGAUCCAGAGCAGACCAAAGGCGACACACAGGAUACAGCAGAAACCAGUGAGAGUGAGGAGGAGAAAGAAGAUGAGGAUGGGAGGGGUGGCAGGUUCCGUUCAGAGAGGCAGACAGUCACAGUUUCUCUCAAGAGCUCAAGAACAAGAGACAUUCCUGAUACAUUGGAAAUAUCCGACGAGGCUAAGAAACAAAUUGAAGAGUUUGAGAGAAAGACGAAGGAAGACAGGCAAAACAAGAGAUAUGGAAGGAACUUUCGAGGGAGGGGUGGAAGGGGCAGGGGAAGGGGAGGUUUUCAAGGCCCACCCGGUCCAAGGGGGUUUCCCCAACAUAUGGGUCGCCCUCUACACAUGCAACCCCCUCGUCCGAACUUCAUGGGCCAACACAGGGGUGGGCCUUUCAUGGGGGACCCUCGGAUGAGGCCCCCGUUUGGUCCUAGGCAAGGGAUCUUGGGGCCCAGACCCAAUUGGGAUUUUAGGCCACCUCACCAUAUGGACAACAACAUGAGGCAAAUGCCGCCACACCAGCAACAUCAGUCGCAAAUGCACCAGAUACCGCCCGCUCCAGAGCCUCUGUUUCCUGAUGGACCACCACACCAACAGCAUAGAGGUCCAUCACCUGUACCUCCACAACAACCACAAGCACAACCUCAACCACUGCAACAACCUCCGCAGCCACAACAACAACAGCAGCAAAGAACAUUUCAGCAGCCGGUACCCCAGUCCCAGCCACCUCCCUCAAGUCAAGUUCAAACAGCAACGACAAUGCCAAAGAAGAUCCACAUUAACCCACACUUCAAACCGAAAGUCCAGCCACAAACUUCUACAGCUACAGUGCCACCGCCCCAAGUUGCACCCCAUCAAGGACCGCCACAACAGCAGCAGCAGCAGCCUUAUCAGCAACAGCAGCAGCAGCAGACGUCCCAAUCAUGGUCCAGCACCCCGCCCCAACAGCAGCAUCAAGUCACAGUCAGCAGUGUGCCCCCUCGUUCAUCAUCGCCAGGGUGGGGUCAUCAACAACCCCAUCAAGAAUCAUCAUGGUCAAACCAGCCUCAACAACAAGGACCGGUGUACACAAGUUCUAAUCAACCCAUCGGUCAGAGCCCUGGUGGUCCCCAGCCCUAUGGGGGAGGUGCCCCUGUACCCCACCAGCAGCAGCAAGGGGGUCCCCCGUCACAUGCACCUCAACACCAACAGCAACCUCAUCAAGGUGGUCCUCCAGGUCAUCAACAACAUGAGCAGUUUUCACACCCUGGUCCAAAUCAACAUCAGCAUCAAGGCCCUCCACCACACCAACCAUCCCACCAGUACCAGGGGUCACAACCACCACCCCAGCCCCAAGGACAGAGGUUCAAUUCCCCUCCAAGGCAGCCCUACCAGCAGGAGCCUCAGCAUCAGCAGCCGAGGGGGCAGUUCAGCACCCCAGACCAGGGAGGGUUCAGGCAGCCUAGGCCUGUGAAUCCACAACAACAAAUGAGAGGUCCAAGACCAGUUCAACAACAGGCCCAGAGAGGGCGCCAGAACACUGUCUCUAGGCAACCAGUGAGACAACGGUCACCACAACAACAAGCUCCGCCUCAGAGAUCAGUAGCCCCUCCCAGUCAGCUGAUCCAGGCUGCUGCGUCCAAGACAGCUAAACCGCCAACCAAGGACCUCAGACAAGUUAUCUCCCGGAAAACAGGCGCAGACUCGUCUAAAGGAGGAGAGUUGGAUGAAGAUGCAGAGACGAAGCGACUGAGGGUGAUGAUCGAUGAACAGAAGAAGUUACGAGAACUCAUCAUGAAGCGGAAGGAAGAGCGGCGCCAGCAGAUGGCCAUUCAGAAACAAGCCGAUCUCAAGAAGAGAAUAUCCGAUCAGAAGAAGCAACACGGAGACACGUCCAACCAACCCUCCGCAGCCAAAAAGAUAACACCUUCAAUGAAACGUAGAGGGAGUGCUUCAGGCCCUCAGCAGGAGACUCGCCCACCAAAGAUGGUGUCUCCGCCAGCUCAGACAACUCAACAGUUCCACCAUCAAGAGCAGCAGCAGCAACACCAGCAACAUGUUGUAUACAACACCAACCAAAAUGCAAGUCAUGAUGAGGGGUCACCCCCAUUCCAUCACCAGGGCGGGGGCCACCAGCAACAGCCACCAGGACAGCAGUGGAGAGAGCAAGGCAAUGUCAAGGUGUUAACGGAUAAUGCCCCUCCCCAGGGGCAGCCCAUCCCCACCCUAGGGGGAUCCCAGACCAUGCUGACCCCCUCACCAAACAGAGGAGGGGGUGGCCAAGCAUACAGGGGAAGGGGUCAACAACAAACAGGGGGUCUAGUCAGAGGUCAAUUCAGAGGCAGAGGUCGCGGUCAGCCGCGAGGACGAGGUCGAAGAGGAUCACCAAAUCAACCCAGUUUCAUGCCCCCGCCCCAGCAGCAGCAGCAGCAGCAAGGAUUCCAGCAGCAAGACUCGUUCCAGCAAGGACCAUCCCCCAACCAACCACUGCCUCCAGGUCCCCACCAAGGAUAUCAUCAGGGACCAGAGACACCCCAUCCUGGAGGCCAGCAGUUCCACCAGGAUGGGCCACCCCAGGAUAGGACAGUGGUCAUGCACCCGGACUUCCAUCAAGGGAACAACAGAGGGGGUGGUAGGCCGUACAGGGGAGGACAGAGAGGUAGAGGUGCCAUGCGGGGUGCCCCACAAGGAAGGGGCAACAUGCGGGGGAGGGGGGCGAUGAGGGGGAACGCUGGAAGAGGUCACGACCCCUCUGGUAGAGGUAUGAUGAGAGGGAGAGGCAACAUGCAAGGACAGAGAGGCGGCAUGCCAGGACAAAGAGGGGUAUGGAACCCCAGAGAGGGGGCAUGCAAGGACCGAGGGGUGGAAUGCAGGCACAGAUGGGGGGUAUGCCAGGCAGCCCAAGGGGUAAUCGUGGUAUGAGAGGAGGAAGGGGCAACCUACAGAGAGG